AUGGCAAGCCUAUCGAGGAAGACGAGGCACAGGCAUCCUGAUCUAGAGGCAGCAUUGAUCAGAGCAACAAGUCAUGAUGAUUCUUGUGUGGAUUACAAGAAUGCUCAGAGGGUGUUCAUGUGGGUCAGGACCUCACCAUCUCAUUUGAUCAUUUUGCUGUGGGCUUUAACACGCCGGUUGGAACGUACACAUGACUGGAUUGUGGCUCUUAAGUCUCUGAUCCUCCUCCAUGGAGUCCUCUGCACCAAGGCUCCUGGCACACGGAAGAUUGGACGGCUUCCCUUUGAUCUGUCGGGGUUUCAGGAUGGGUAUAUUCGUGAUGGACCUCAUCGUGGGGCUUGCAGUUCAUUUGUUCAGGCCUACUUCUUGUUCUCAGACCUAAAGUCUGUCACGCUGUCAGCAGAGUUGCAGGAUGAGAUGGCGCUCCCAGUGAUUGUAGAGGAGAAAGAUGGAAUAAGGAUGCAACUAGAAAGGGUGAAACGGUGGCAGGAUCUGCUUGAAGCCGUACUACAUGUCAGGCCAUAUGGGAGCAUCAGGAUGACAGAUGAAGUGGUGGUCCUCGAGGCUAUGGAUUGUAUGGUUAUUGAGGUUUUUGAAUUGUAUAGUAAGAUUUGUGAUGGAAUUGCCAAGGCUCUAGUGAAAAUCUACUCUAAUCGGAUGGAAAAAGUGGAAGCUUCUAUGGCCCUGGAUGUAGUACAUAGAGCCAACAAACAAGGACAAGACUUGUCUGAUUAUUUUGAGUUUUGCCAAAUAAUUGGGGUGCUUCAUGCAACUGAAUGUCCACAAAUCCAGCAAAUCCUAGAGGACGACUUAUUAGAACUUGAGAAAAUUAUUAAUGGAAAUGGGGUCUCGCCUUCAGCAGCAAUGUCAGGUAAAGCUGAUCAUGAAGAAAAAGGUUCUUACAAUCAGGAGAAUCCUGGUACAGGUACAAGAACAAUAGUGUUAGUUAGUGAGAGAAAAGAUAUUGAUCAAAUGGAAAGAGAUAAGCCAUCCUUGAAGACAGUAAUUACAGAUAAAUGGGAGGUAUUUGACGAAGAUAUCAGCCAAGCUAAGAAUGGAGGUGGAGCAUUGAUGGAUCCCUUUGCUGCUUCUUCUAAUGUCCCACAGGCAACUCAGUCCAACCCCUUCAUUGAUUAUGAAGGUAAACCUUCCCAAUAUGUGCUUCACUACUUGUAG